AUGGCGUCAAAAUGUCCUGGUUCACAAAUUACUGAAAAAAUGCGGUCGUAUGUAUUAGAGGAACAUAAUAGACUUAGAUCACAGCUAGCAAACGGUAAAGCAGAAGCAUCGAACGGGCUUAUGCCAAGAAGUUCGAACAUGCAUGAAUUGGAAUGGGAUUGUGGUUUGGAAAAGAAAGCACAACAGUGGGCUGAAUAUUGCGAUUUCGAGCAUUCAACACAAGAAUUCCGUAGUUAUAGUGGUGAGAAUUUGUAUGCCAGAUGGGGAUAUGAAGAACCGAAAUUAGGUGAAAAGCAAUUCGUGUUUGCUGUGAAAGGAUGGUGGUGGGAGGAAAUAAAAGAUAUGCCAGCGCGUUCCACAAUGGAUGGUACUCCACGAAGCGUUUUGCAUUUUACUCAGAUGGCGUGGGCCAUCACAAGCAAACUUGGCUGUGGAAUGGCUAAAUGUUACAAUAAUCAUGGAUACCCUUUUAUGGCUCUUGUCGUUUGCCACUAUGGCCCAAGAGGAAAUUGGGAUAAGAUAAUUUAUGAACAAGGUGAACCAUGUAGUAAAUGUUCGGAUUAUGGUAGGGUAUGUAAUGGUAAUGGUCUUUGUGUUGCUGGUGAUAAACUCGCUGAAGCGCUCUAUAAUGAAAAAACUCAUAGCCAACAAUCGCAAAAGCAACCUAAAAACAAGGUGAAAAGUAAAGAAAUCGAACCUCGAACUCAUAGAGCUUCUGGAUGA